GCUGUUCCAGUUAUCCUGAAUGGUCGCCUCUAGUAUCAAGUAAGAUAUAAGAGAACGAAGUCAAAUCCUGAAAGCCACAGUGACUUGGUGAACCAAGUAGGUGAUACGCCGUAGAAAUUUCUCGCUCCAGCAACCUAAAGUGCUACGCAACACUUACUCACAAUAGUAGUUGAAGAAGAAAAAUAAAAAUAAUAGUAAAACCGUGAAAAAUGAUGUCUGAUCAUCGACGCUACACGGAUGCAGAAACUUACGGCGGAUUCUGGAAUACUCCAAGUGCUAUUCAACAACAACAGCAGGGCUACGACCAAAGUUAUCCGCAACAUCAGUACCAAUAUUAUCCAGCGGCCGUGUCUUCGGGUUCACAUCUCAGCGUCGAUCCUUACAACAAUCAUCCAGCCAUUCCCCUAUCACCUCCUUCAUCUAGGCCAGUGUCGGUGAGCUCGGAUGAAAACAGCCUAACUGCAUCAAAUAGCGGUGGUCACCUCAUGCCGCUCUACUCCACCGGUAGACCAUCAUUCCACCAAUCCAGUUAUAUAACUGGGAUCAAGCCGGACCCGGAUCGUGAAGAUCAUCGACAUUUUUUUCAGCAGCGUCACCAUACGUCUUCCAUCGAUAAGGAGCCACAUAUGGCUCCAUCUGAAGAAGAUUGUGGUACCUACGGAAGCAUGUCUCAGACAGAAGACUCAUUGGAUUCAGACGGCGAUGAAUCAACGUCUGGACACACGUUGGCACCCGAAUCUUCGUCUUCGUCGGGUUCGUCAAUCGCAUCAACGGCGGCGGAUCACAAUGCUCAACAUCAUUUGGACGGACACCAAGGACGUCGUUGUCUACUUUGGGCUUGCAAGGCUUGCAAAAAGAAGAAUGUCACGGUCGAUCGGCGUAAAGCUGCUACGAUGAGGGAGCGACGGCGCCUUAGAAAAGUCAAUGAAGCCUUUGAAUCGUUGAAGCGUCGCACAAGCAACAAUCCGGGUCAACGGCUGCCGAAAGUGGAGAUUCUUCGCAAUGCCAUCGAAUAUAUCGAAUCACUAGAAGACAUGCUGUCGUCCUCGCGAGAUCCUUCCACAUCAGGCGGCAACGGCGGCGAUUCCGGUCAAAACCGAGGCGAAAAUGAACCCAUAUCAGUUCACAACAAUGGCUAUAUGACGAACGUUGUGGCUUACUACCAGACCCGACUUCAUCAGUUCAGUGAAUGUCUGACCAACUUCUCGCCGUUAAUCGGCAACGAAGGAUCGGGUGUAGGACAAGGAUCUGCUCCGGGUUCAUCCAGUCUCGAUCGACUCAGUUUCAUUGUCGAGAGUUUGGCUACGACUUGCACGACAACCACUGCACCAACCAACACCAGCACAGUCUGACAAUUCUAUCCUCCUAAAGAAAGAAAAAAAAAAAUUCUUUUGUCAAUCGAUUUUCAGAAAUAUUUUGAAAGUGAAACUCAUUCUGUAGAUCGAAACGCACGAGUUGUUUACUAACCCCAAACUGUUGUACAUAUUUAUGCUACUUAAGUAAAAAGGACUCCAUGAUCACGGUGAAUCCGUUAUACUGUUAUCAAUACACAAAUUUGUCGCGCCCAAAA